AUGGGUCUUAAGAUUCUAACUUGGGAUGUUAGAGAUCUUAACUCGAGCAGUAGAAGAACGGUGGUUCAUAAAAUGUUACAGUUCAUUAGACCUCCCAUCAGUAUGAUCCAAGAAACCAAAUUGAUGCACUGUACAUCUCGGGACAUUAAGCAGAUAUGUGGAUACAAGAAUGUGGGGUGGACUUUACAACAAUCUGUAGGAAGCAAAGGUGGUAUGUUAAUUCUCUGGGAUAGAGAUUUGGUGGAAGUUAGUGAUUCCCUUGUGGCCGAGUAUACGCUCUCUGUACUUUGUACAAACAAACUUGAUAACUUUCAGUGGUUUCUUACAAGUGUAUACGGACCAAACAAUUCAGUUGACAGAACUGAGUUUUGGAUUGAACUCGAUACGGUCUAUAGAUAUUGGACUAAUCUCCCUUGGUGUAUUGGUGGUGAUUUCAACAAAAUAACCAAGUGUUCUGAAAAAAAUAAUUUUAAGAAGAUCAGAAGAAGUAUGAAGAAGUUCAAAAAAUUUAUUGUUGAGCAUGACCUCAUUGAUUUACCUCUCAAAGGAGACGGAUAUACAUGGUCAAAUGGUCAACCAAACCCGGUUAUGUGCAGAUUGGAUAGGUUCCUUAUUUCACCAUCUUUGGAACAACACUACCUUUUUGUAACCCAAUUAGCCAAAGCCAGACCCACCUCUGAUCACAUCCCACUCCUUUUAGAUAUUUUCGACCCCUCUUGGGGACCUAGUCCUUUCAGGUUUGAAGUUAUGUGGUUCUUGGAGAAUGGAUUCUUACAAUUACUAGAAGAUUGA